AUGAUCAUGGUUUACCAUCACUUUCAACGUGAAAAUCUCAAACUAGCGUGGAAGCAUUGCAGCGAUCCGGCUAUCAUCUGCCCGACGCCUACUGCGAGAAGUACUAAGAGAAGUAGAAAUAGUACUCCAAGUCACCCGAUUUCAUCAAGGCCAUGGGUGACGUGCAUGAAGAACACGCUGGCUCUUGGAUACUCAGAGACAUUCCACUGA